AUGGUAGACUACAGUUCAAUUCCAGAUUGGCUGAUCGCUAUUGUUGCUCAGAAGCCUAAGUUUAACAUGCAGUUCACUGAGUACGAAGAAAAGCUCGUCGCGAGUCGCCCAGAUCCCAAGCUUCCAGAGGAUCUUCAAAAAUUAUUUGACAAUAACCCUGAAGAGUUCAAAAAAAAGUGCUUGCUGACUUCUUAUUCAGGUGUCGACAAUUAUAGAGAAAACUUCGUCAUUCGCAAACUCCUUUUACUAGCUUAUAAAAAGAAUAUUUUGCCUGAAUUUGGAGCCACCAGUGAUGAAAAAGAUUUUAUCUCUGCAAGAAGGUGGUAUAAAUUUUAAUUUAAAUAAAAAAAAUUAUUAAUUAUUGUAAAAAAUAAGGAAUUUAAAGUAAAUUAGUAUACAAUUUCUAUCAUUUCAUCUAUAAUUCUAUAUUUAUAGGUGCAUUUGGCUUGCUAAAUUUUGCUUAUGUCCUUCCCAGAUUCUCUGCAAUCGGUCUUCCACUCGCAAUUGGCAGCAAUGCUUCAUUGUAUUUGUCUUUAAUGUUUCUAAAAGAUCCUUUCCUGCACAACUCAAAGAUAAAAGCAAGAAUAGCCCAAUAUAGAGUUGCGGAUAAAUACAAAGAAAUUCUAUUGAAAUAUCACCAAGAAAAUCGUCUCUUAUAUAGAUUCCACCCUCGCGCUGUUUUCCCACCAAACCCUCUAAAUAAGGAAGAAAAGCUUUAUGACCGAGUCAACUUAUUUUGGAAAGCUUUGAAUACUGACCCGAGUGAUUUGGAGAAUCAGCAGAAGACCUCAUUACUUAGAUAUAAGUCAGAAAAGAAUUUAUAG